AUGGAGGAAAAUGGGACUACAACUCCACCAUCAAAAGCUGGCAAUAGCAAUCUUGUGUUUGCAGUGAAUGGAGAGAAGUUUGAGGUGGCAAAUAUUGACCCUUCAACAACUUUACUUCAGUUCUUACGUUAUCAUACUCGUUUCAAGAGUGCCAAGCUUAGCUGUGGUGAAGGUGGCUGUGGUGCUUGUGUUGUUAUGCUGUCUAAAUAUAACCCUGAGCUUGGUCAAGUUGAAGAUUUCUCUGUGAGUUCAUGCCUAACACUUCUUUGCAGCGUAGAUAAUUGCUCAAUUACUACCAGCGAUGGACUUGGAAAUAGUAAAGAUGGUUUCCAUCCAAUUCAUCAACGAUUUGCUGGAUUCCAUGCUUCUCAAUGUGGAUAUUGCACACCUGGAAUGUGUAUGUCAUUUUUUGCAGCACUUGCGCAAGCUGAAAAAGCAAACAGGCCAGAACCUCCACCAGGAUUUUCCAAGCUGACUGUUGUUGAGGCUGAAAAGGCCAUAGCUGGAAAUCUCUGUCGCUGUACUGGAUAUCGACCCAUUGCUGAUGCCUGCAAAAGUUUUGCUGCUGAUGUUGAUUUGGAGGAUUUGGGACUGAAUUCCUUUUGGAGAAAAGGAGAGCCAAAGGAAGUUAAAUUAAGGAGAUUGCCUUUGUAUACUCCAGAUGGUAAGUUCAGUAGAUUUCCAGAAUUUUUGAGAGGCAGGUCGAAGUCAGCAAUGAUCUUGCACUUAAAAGGCAAGUCCUGGUACAGUCCUACUACUAUUGAGGAGGUUAAAAGCUUGUUGAACUCUAACAUGAUUGAGGAUAAUAUGCAGAUAAGGCUAGUAGUUGGUAACACUGGGAUGGGUUACUAUAAGGAACUAGAUAACUACGACAGAUACAUUGAUCUCAGAUAUGUACCGGAGCUUUCGACAAUAAGAAAAAACCACCGGGGAAUUGAGAUUGGGGCUGCUGUGACAAUCUCCAAAGUUAUAUCGUGUCUGAAGGAGGAAGGUAAUGUAUAUUAUUCCUCUGAUAGCAAGCAGGUCUUUGAAAAACUUGCUGACCAUAUGGAGAAAAUUGCUUCAGGGUUCAUUAGAAACUCAGCGAGUAUUGGUGGGAAUUUAGUGAUGGCACAAAGGAAAAGUUUUCCUUCAGAUAUAGCUACUAUACUUCUUGCUGUAGGUUCUCUUGUUAGCAUAACAAGCGGCCACAAGCAUGAAAGCCUUACAUUGGAAGAAUUUUUUUCAAGACCGCCUAUGGACUCGAGAAGUGUGCUACUCAGUGUCCACAUUCCAUCUUUAAAACCAAAAGGAAGUGGUUACAGCAAUGAAUCUAAUUCCAAGUUGAUUUUCGAGACCUAUCGUGCUGCACCACGACCCCUGGGUAAUGCUUUGCCUUAUUUGAAUGCUGCAUUCCUGGCUGACGUAUCUCCUCAAGUAAAUGGACUCAUAGUAAAUGAUAUCCAAUUGGCUUUUGGUGUUUAUGGGACUAAACAUCCAACACGAGCAAGAAAGGUUGAGGAAUACCUUUCAGGGAAGAUACUAACUGCCAGCAUUCUAUAUGAAGCAGUAAAAUUAGUUAAAGCAGGUGUAAUACCUGAAGCUGGCACUUCACAUGCUGCUUACAGGACGAGCUUGGCUGUUGGUCUCCUUUUCCAGUUUCUUUUUCCAUAUGUCAAUGUUGGUUCUGCUAUUUGUGAUGGUCUAUCCAAUGGAUUUGCUGGCAAUUUGCUGAAGGACUCUUCUGAAAACCAUAAAGAGAAUUCUCUGCAUCAAUUGGCAAGUUCAAAAUUGUUGUCCUCUGGGAAACAGGAGGUGAAAUCAAGUAAAGAGCACUAUCCAGUCGGAGAACCAACGACAAAGUCUGGUGCUGCCAUCCAAGCUUCUGGAGAAGCUGUAUUUGUUGAUGACAUUCCGUCACCUCCAAACUGUCUGUAUGGCGCGUUUAUCUAUAGUACUAAACCUUUAGCAAGGAUAAAAGGUGUGGAAUUGAUACCAAACAAUCGAAUAAGUGGGGUUGCUGCUCUUAUAUCUUAUAAAGACAUUCCAGAAAGAGGGGGAAAUGUAGGAUCUAUGACAAAGCGUGGUUUUGAACCUUUAUUUGCUGAUGAAUUUACCAGGUGUGCCGGAGAGCCAAUUGCAUUUGUGGUAGCAGAAUCACAAAAGUCUGCCGAUCUUGCAGCGAGAUCAGCUCUGGUCAAGUAUGACACUGAAAAUUUGGAUCCACCAAUUUUAACUGUUGAAGAAGCUGUUGAGAAGUCAAGUUUUUUUGAGAUCCCUGCUUUCUUGUAUCCAGCACAGGUUGGUGAUUUCUCCAAAGGAAUGGCUGAAGCUGAUCAUCGGAUUCUUUCUGCUGAGAUCAAACUUGGGUCUCAAUACUAUUUCUAUAUGGAGACACAAACUGCACUAGCAGUGCCAGAUGAAGACAAUUGCGUAUUAGUUUAUAGUUCAACUCAGUCUGCAGAGCAUAUGCACAUUACAAUUGCAAAAUGUCUGGGCAUUCCUGAGCAUAAUGUCCGUGUAAUUACAAGAAGGGUCGGCGGAGGCUUCGGGGGCAAGUUAAUGAGAUCAAUGCCUGUUGCUACAGCAUGUGCACUUGCAGCAUAUAAAUUAAGCUGUCCUGUCAGGACAUAUCUCAAUAGGAAGACCGACAUGAUAAUGAUUGGUGGAAGACAUCCCAUGAAAAUAACUUACAAUGUCGGAUUCAAAUCAAGUGGAAAGGUCACAGCCUUGCACCUUGACAUAUUGAUUAAUGCUGGGUUAUCUGCAGAAAUUAGUCCCAUCUUGCCGCUUACCUUGAUUGGUACCCUUAAAAAGUAUAAUUGGGGUGCUUUGUCAUUUGACAUAAAAGUUUGUAAGACGAACCACUCUACCAAAUCUACAAUGAGAGCCCCUGGGGAGGUUCAAGGAUCUUAUAUAGCUGAUGCUAUAAUGGAACAAAUUGCAUCAAUGCUUUCUAUGGAGGUAGAUUCUGUUAGAAAUAUAAAUCUUCAUACAUUUGAAAGCCUUAAAGUGUUCUAUGGGGAGGCUGCAGGUGAAGCACUAGAGUAUACUUUGACAGACAUGUGGGAAAAAUUGGGUGCAUCUUCACGUUUAGUCCAAAGAACGGAAAUGAUAGAGCAGUUUAAUCGGAUCAACACAUGGAAAAAAAGAGGUAUAUCACGGGUUCCAAUUGUGUAUGAAGUGGCGGUAGUGUCAACGCCUGGCAAAGUUAGCAUCCUUUCAGAUGGAUCUAUUGUUGUAGAAGUAGGAGGAAUAGAAAUAGGCCAGGGUCUCUGGACUAAGGUAAAACAGGUGACUGCAUAUGCUCUCAGUUUAAUUGGUUGUAAUGGGACUGAGAACCUAGUGGAAAAGGUACGAGUUGUACAGUCAGACACUUUAAGCUUAGUGCAAGGGGGUUAUACUGGUAGAAGCACAAAAUCUGAAUCAAGCUGUGAAGCAGUCAGAUUAUGCUGCAAUCUCUUAGUUGAACGUCUUGCCCCGCUCAAAAGUAAGUUGCAGGAACAAAUGGGUUCAGUUAACUGGGAAGUCCUGAUAGUUCAAGCAUAUUCUCAAUCUGUGAACUUGGCUGCACAUUCUUACUAUGUGCCUGCAUCCAAUUCCAUUCAUUACCUGAACUAUGGCGCUGCGGUUGGCGAGGUAGAGAUAAAUAUACUGACCGGAGAAACUAAAAUUCUGCAAGCAGAUAUUAUCUAUGAUUGUGGAAAGAGCAUGAACCCUGCAGUGGAUUUGGGACAGAUUGAAGGAGCUUUUGCCCAAGGAGUUGGAUUCUUUAUGCUCGAAGAGUUCGUUAUCAACGCAGAUGGAUUGACAAUUUCAGAUGGCACAUGGACAUACAAGAUCCCGGCAAUUGAUAACAUACCGAUGCUGUUGAAUGUUGAAGUGGUAAAUAGUGGACAUCACGAAAAGCGUGUUCUAUCAUCUAAAGCCUCUGGAGAACCACCAUUGGUUCUUGCGGCCUCAGUACAUUGUGCAACGAGGGCGGCAAUUAAAGAAGCCAGGAAACAGCUAAAUACUUGGAGCAGACUCGAUGGACCUGAUUCAGCAUUCGACUUGGAUGUCCCAGCUAUUAUGCCUGUUGUGAAGAAAGCCUGCGGCUUGGAUAAUGUCGAAAAGUACCUGGAAAGCUUGCUUCAUUGAUUUGAUGGUCCACAGGAACUUUAGCGUAUAUGACAAUCAUAGUUAUAGUCGUAUGGAAAUAUGCAUGUUGUUACUCUCCUUAAACGAUAGUUUAUUCAUCAUAAAGAAUGAUAGUUAUGGGCUCCUGUUUGAUCAAAUAUCAUUGCCUUGUCAUAUUGCCCAAUUUUCAUAUGUUCUGAUCUUGUUAUUCUCUGUAUUUUUAAGUUGGCUAUUGGUACCAACGCUGAGCCUGUUGCUUGGUAAAUGACUGUGUGAAUCACUGAGGUUGGAAUCCAAUGGCUAUGGGAGGGCUAUUAGAGUCUUCCUUAUUAUCAGGUUCAGAAUUCGAAUCGUGUAUCUAACAGUUGGAGAUGAGAAGGAUGUUGGGCAGGGUAA